AUGUUAGGCGUUGGCUGGCUAAUCCUGCUUGCACUGCUGCUCUUUCACGGCGCUGCGUCAGAAACAGGCCUUCUUGCCCGCCGGUGUCACAUCAAUUCCGACCGUUUCUCAGCCACAGCUACUUCCCGCGGUGAAUGGCUUGACAUCGCGUACGACAUCACUUAUAGUAAAGGACUGUGCGCGAAGGACAACCCAAACGGUGUACUCAGUGCCAACAUCAACGGAUGCAACAAGUCGUUGACGGCGCAGGAAGGGAUCGUUACUUUUGAUAAUGUGGCUACAGUACUUUUCAGAUUGGUGUCUGACAAAAAGGGGAAUCAGUUAUUCUUCUCACAACUCUGCUGGACUCCCGCAAAUUGUACUGUACUGUGCUCCUCCAAAGUCCUUGGCACCGUAUCCACCUGCGUCGUUGAUAACGUCAUUGCUCCAUUAAUAAUAGUCCUCUUUUGGGUGCUGCCGUUUGUUGUGUGCUGCAUCGCCUUGGGCGUUUGCUAUGCCAGACUUCGAAUUUUGCGGCGAAGAGAGAUGCUUGCGCUGAGAGAACAGCACAGGCAGGAAGAAAUAUUUCACGCCCUACGGUUCCAACAAAGCCGCAGAAUCAAAGAUGGCAAUGCAGCUUCUCUGAACUCCGCAAGUAACGUGAAUGCUGAUGCCUGUCAGGAAAUGACAACACAGUGCGCAGGUGAGUUUCCUCACCGUGCGGGCGGAGGUAUUGAUGCAGCUGCGAGAAGCGACGGCGUUGUAAAAGAUAUUGGGUAUCAAUACGAGCUCAAGCCAGUUGAAGUUGGAUUCUUGGAAAAUAUCGAGACUGUUAGCGAAGAACAAUGCAUGGCCACUUUCAACAAUGGGGAGACAACUUACACAAACAAUGAGAUUACAGCUAGUCUGGCAAAGAACAACCCUCAUGUUACUGAAGACGCAGCUCUACAAAAUGCCGCAGGUCCUUCGGACUAUAACACCAGGGAAACAAGAGGGUUUGGGUCGGAAGCUGUAGAGGCGGAAGCCAGACGUGCACUUGAGGUGGCAGAGGCGGAGGCCAGGGACGCACUUGAGGUGGCAGAGGCGGAGGCCAGACGUGCACUUGAGGUGGCAGAGGCGGAGGCCAGGGACGUGCACUUGAGGUGGCAGAGGCGGAGGCCAGACGUGCACUUGAGGUGGCAGAGGCGGAGCCAGGGACGUGCACUUGAGGUGGCAGAGGCGGAGACCAGCGUGCACGUUGAGG